AAGCACAAUCCUUUUUCUGUGCUUUCAAUCACUCUCACGAUCUCUGUGAGCAGAGACAAUCCUUCGAGCAAACCCAGCAUCAAGGAACAGCCACUGGCAGGUGUCGUGGCCACUCACGGACACCCAACCAGAUACAAAAAGAAGAACUCUAUCCCCUUCUUGUCAUUCUGAAAGACUGUGAACCCUGGAGUCCUCAGUCAUCACACAGGAAACAGAAGACUUCCUGCUGUGUAAGGACGCUGAACCUUGAAUUCAUAAAGAUUCUAAAAGCUCCAGAAAUAAAGACUUCGUGGACAAAACCCCUAGGGACCAGAAUGCGAGGAUGAUUUGAUACUGGACCAGUUUCUUGAGAAGACUUAGACCCAAGGAGCCUUACAAUCAGGACUGCUGGUUUGUCUUUCGAGGAGUCCACCGCAUUUCCUGGCCAAGUAACCACAGAAAUCAUCUUCCUUGACUCGUGCAAAAAUCCACGAUGGAAACCUCGGCCCCCACAAAGAACUAUGACAUGACGACAGAAUAUGACUAUGAGGGCAUAACCCCAUGCCAGAAGGGAGAGGUGAGGGCCUUUGGAGCCCAGCUGCUGCCCCCCUUGUACUCCCUGGUGUUCAUCAUCGGCCUGGUCGGCAACAUCCUGGUGCUGCUGGUCCUCAUGCAGCACAAGAGGCUCAAGAGCAUGACCAGCAUCUACCUCCUCAACCUGGCCAUUUCUGACCUGCUCUUCCUCUUCACGCUGCCCUUCUGGAUCGACUACAAGCUGAAGGAUGACUGGAACUUCAGUGAUGGCACCUGUAAGUUGCUCUCGGGGUUUUAUUACACGGGCUUGUACAGUGAGAUCUUUUUCAUCAUCCUGCUGACCGUGGACAGGUACCUGGCCAUCGUCCACGCCGUGUUUGCCCUGCAGGUUCGGACCGUCAUCUUUGGUCUCAUCACCAGCGGUGGCGCGUGGGCCCUGGCCCUCUUGGCCUCCGUCCCAGGCUUCUACUUCUCCAAGAUCCAGUGGGAGUUCUCCCACACCACCUGCAGCCUCCACUUCCCUCAUGAAACCCUCAAAGCCUGGAAACAGUUCCAGGCUCUGAAACUGAACAUGUUGGGUCUGGUUUUGCCCCUGUUGGUCAUGAUCAUCUGCUAUACCGAGAUCAUACGGAUUCUGCUCAAACGACCCAAUGAGAAGAAGGCCAAAGCCGUCCGUCUGAUCUUUGUCAUCAUGGUGGUCUUCUUUCUCUUCUGGACCCCCUACAACCUGGCCAUAUUGGUCUCUGCUUUCCAAGACAGCCUUUUCGCCGAUGAGUGCAGGCAGAGCAAACAGCUCGAUUUGGCCAUCCAGGUGACGGAGGUGAUCGCCUACACGCACUGCUGUGUCAACCCCGUGAUCUACGCCUUCGUCGGGGAGCGGUUCCGCAGGUACCUGCGCCAGCUGCUAUCCAUGAGCUUGGUUAAAAGGCUCCCCUUCCUCUCCACGGACAGACUCGAGAGGGCCAGCUCUGUGACGCCCUCCACCGCAGAGCAGGAACUCUCCGCUGGGUUCUGACUCGGGCCCCUGGAGGCUGAUCUGGGACCCAGCAAAGGUGACCUGCCAGGCACGCUGACCCAAGCCAAGGCAGGCUGGGACACCUGGCACAGUGUGGAAUUGCAGCCGUGUGGGGGUGAGUUUAAAAGCAGUCUAGACUAAAUCACUUCUGGGAUGACUGAGCCAUCUCCAAGAACUCCUCCCUGGUAGAAAGGAAGUGAAUGAGUGAAAUGGGACAUUCCAGAGGACUGGAACAGAGGGUUCCAGGGAAGAGCUUGGGCCCAAAUGGGAUUUCAUGAUUUGUGAGCAUUAACAUUUGUAAACAGUGCCACUGAGCAUCUCGGGCCCCUGCCCCUGCCCCCACCACCAGUGAACUUGGAAGUGGGGAUUUCCUGCUGACUCCAAUCUGAGCAUUGCAGGAGCCAGCAGCCUCCUCCCCACCCUCAUCUACCCCCACCCCAUGCCCCCUGCAGGUUUCAGGCUCUUAGAAACCCCGAGGAACAGAGGACUCUAUGAUGGAACAUCUCGAGCCCUAGUGGGAAAUAGGAUUGGGGAACAGCCCUCGGCAGUGGAAUGGAGAAAGCUCUUGGCCAGAAUCGUUACAUUUGCAAAAACCAAACAAUCCAGGCCAUGGUCUAGACACAGACCACGUGCACAAUACAUUUGACUUCUUGAAAUAGACACAGAGGGGAGGGAGUCAUUAUUUCCAUUUACCAGUUUCUUCUUUCUGAAUAUUUUCCAGAAUCUCCCUUCCUUGUAAAUUGGAUGAGGCAGGAGUACAUUCUGCUGGCUUUAUUGCAGAAACUAAUAUCGGGCAGAAGGAGAGAGGGUCGAUUUCCCUCCUCCGCUUCCCCAUGCAAGCCUUCUGGUUUUACCAAUCUGGGCUCCGGCUGUUACCCUGGACCCAUCCGCAGGAAAAAAUGACCUGGUGUGCAAGCUGACAGUGUCUGAGGCUGAGAGGGAAGGGGGUGAGGUGGGGACUCACCCUCACGUGGAAGG